GCUGUCCAGAUUAUGAUUGGCAUAUUUCAUGUUUUCAUGUGGUAUUUCUUAUUGAUUUUGUAUAUGGGACAAAUUAGAGGAGUCUUUGGGACGUAUGAACCUAUAACUUACAAAACAGGAUGUUCUCUAUGGGGCAUUAUUUUUAUCAUUGCAGGAGUCUCCAUAAUAAGAGCAACAAGGCAUCCAACUCAAGGAAUGAUUACAUGUGCUUUGACCACUAACAUCUUCUGCAUAAUUAUUGCAAUUAUUGCAUCAGUUCUAACAACAAUUGAGUUGUCUUCUUUUAAUUCCGUGUCAUAUAGGAAUUAUGGACAAGCGAAACUUGGAAGGGAAGUUUCACGGGUUUUACUGGUAUCUUACCCCUUGGAAUUUUCUAUUGCAUUAACAUACUCAAUCUUUGGCUGUAUUGAUUUGAAUCGUCAUAAUGAAGAUACUCUCACAGCUGUUACAGAGGAAGCUGAGAGCGCUUUUUAA